CGACGGGUCAGGUGAACAUAUCGAUGUCUGCGAACCAUGUCAAUCUCCCAGGAGUCAAGCACAAAGUCAUUGGACUUGUAUCCGGUGGCAAAGAUAGCUGCUUUAACCUCUUGCAUUGCGUAGCCAACGGGCAUGAGAUAGUGGCAUUGGCAACAUUGACACCGGAAGAUGGGAUAGAUGAGCUCGACUCUCAUCUCUAUCAGUCCGUCGGGACUCGCCUCUUGCCGCUCAUAGCGGAAUCCAUGGACCUACCACUCUAUACACGGGUGAUCAAAGGUAAAGCCGUGGAACGGGGACCAGAAUAUGGCAGUAAGAUCACAGGUGGCCGUGAAUCAGGCGUGACGGGUGAUGAGACAGAAGAUUUGACAGCACUGCUCCAGGAUGUGAAGACCGCUCAUCCCGAAGCAACGGCAUUAUCCUCCGGAGCCAUCCUAUCAAACUAUCAACGUCUACGGAUAGAACAUGUGUGCCAGCGUCUAGGUCUUGUGUCUCUGGCGUACCUCUGGCAAAUGGCUCAAAUGCCGCUAUUGGAUUCCAUGUUUAGUAGCGGACUCGAACCUAUCAUCGUAAAAGUUGCAGGAGAGGGUCUAGGCGAAGAUCUCGUUGGCAAACCUCUGAGGGAGGUGCAGCCUUUACUGGCUAGACUUGAAAAACGAUUCGGUUCGCAUCCCGCUGGCGAAGGAGGAGAAUAUGAAACAUUGACUAUCGACUCGCCCUUGUUCUCCAAGACGCUCAACUUUGUCGAGUCUAGCACUGUCAUUACGGAUCCAGAGCCAUUCACAGUGGCAUAUCUCAAAGUUGCUAGAGCCACUCUGGCGGAUAAACCCGGUUGGAAACGUCUAACUGUUACGGAAUUGCGCCGUUUGCUGGAUCUACCGAACCACAGUGACGGUCUGGACGAUCAGAGUCGAGACCUGCUCGAUGGGAUUUCUGACGUCCAAGUUGCGAGUUCAUCGAAAGACGGACCAAUGCCAAUUGCAGUAAAUACGCCGUCUAGUACUCAACAAGCGCGAUUCGCAAGACGGGGCAGAUGGUUCGCCGCUAGUAUCAAAGGUCCGGUAGAUAGCCAUAAUGCAGUUGGCGACGACGUGGCUGAUUGCCUCGAAUCACUUUCCUCAACUUUGUCCUCCAACUCACUCUCUCUGCAACUUCAUUCCGCGCACGUCACCCUACUCCUCUCUUCCAUGUCUCUAUUCGCCGAAGCGAAUGCCGCAUAUGUCUCAUUUUUCGGGACCUCACCACCCUCCAGAGCCACCGUCGCGGUCCCACUCCCGCCUGGGCAGCGGAUCGCAGUCGAGAUCAUUGGCUUUGAUUCUACACAAGAAGGGGAUAUGUCUCGCCCUAUUGGCUCUCGACAAGCGCUUCACGUCCAAAGUUUGAGCUAUUGGGCACCUGCAAAUAUUGGUCCCUACUCUCAAGCCGUACAGGUCAAUGGUCGCUUGCACAUCGCCGGCCAGAUCCCUCUUCUACCUGCCUCCCUUACGAUCCCAACCACGGCCCCCGACGCCUCUGUAUCCCCUUAUCUGCAUCAAUCAAUCCUAGCCCUGCAGCAUGUCCGCCGGAUCGUCCAAGUCUUACGCAGCAGACAUAAUACAGGCGGAGGCUGGGAUGGAUGGAUCGAGAACUGUACCGUUUGGUGGGUUCGACGUGAAGACGCUGGCGGCCAAGAUAGUAUAAGCCAAAUUCGUCGAGCGUGGAACUCAUGGGCCGAAGAGUUUGGAUGUACAAAGGCUCCAGUCAUCUUCGUCCGAGCGAAGGAGCUCCCGAGGGAUGCCCUGGUCGAAUUCCAGGUCAACAUGAACACCGGUCGGAAGGAUGCUACUCUGGCAGCUUUGGAACCGAUCGGGGGCAAGGUUCAUGACGACGGCAAAGAUGAUGACGAUGACAGUGACGAUGACGACGAUGAUGACGGCAGAUCGAGGGCGGAUUAUACUGGCUUGUCUUCCGCUGGCUCCUGGACUGUACAAUCAUGUUCAUCUGGCCGAGGGAGCCAUUUUGCCAGCCGGGCCUUCCUCACUUCUACGGAAGAUAAACCUGGAAAUCUCUCUGUUGUGCCCACACCUCUGCUAGAGCGCGCUGUGGCUGUCCGCUGCUACGUGUUACCGGACAGAAGCACAGCUUACGAUGAGAUCGCUGCAUACUGGUCCCUUUUAGCCUUCCAUAUACCUUGCAUAACACUCAUAACUGUAUUAGAGAUACAUGAUCGUGAGGGGAAGCAUGCCAGUAUAGCAUUGGACAUCGCAAGCGGAUAAUAGCAGAUGCAUGCCCACACCGUAACGAUAG